AUGGACCAACCGGCAGCCGAGGUCUUCCACUUCAAAGACAAGGAGCAGUCGUCCAGCCUGCUCCUGCAGCUCAACAGGCUGAGGCAGGAGAGCGUCCUGACAGAUGUGUCGCUGUGUUCAGACAACACCGAGAUCCCCUGUCAUCGCAACGUCCUGGUCUCCAGCAGCCCCUACUUCAGGGCCAUGUUCUGCAACAACUUCAUGGAAAGGCAGCAGGCCAAGAUUUACUUGAAGGGCAUCACAUCGAACAUUCUGAGCAGCAUCAUUGACUAUGUUUACACAGGACGCAUCAGCAUCAGCAUCGAAAUCGUGCUCCCUCUGAUGCAAGCGGCGUCCAUGUUACAGUACGGCCGCCUUUUCGAGGCCUGCUCGCGCUUCCUUCAGAUGCAGCUGAGCCCUGACAACUGUCUGAGCAUGAUACGACUCUCUGAGAUCAUGAGUUGCCACACUCUGAGAGACAAAGCAAAAGAGAUGGCCAUGAGGAGCUUCUCCGACGUGUCAGCAUCCGAGGAUCUGUGUGAGCUCUCCCUCCCGGAGCUCAUGGGAUACUUGGAGGAUGACACUCUGUGUGCGGAGGAGGAGCAGGUGUUUGAGACGCUUGUUGCCUGGAUCCACCAUGAUCCUUUAUCGAGGCGCGGUGCCAUCAGUGACCUCUUCAAGAAAGUUCGCCUUCGCUACAUCCACCCCACCUACCUCUUCCAAUUCAUCGCCAACGACCCUCUGAUCCAGUCCUCCGCCCUGUGCACUGAGCUCAUAGAGUCCGUGAGACGCCUGAUGUUCGCUGUUAGCACCAAGUACAUCGGUAACACAGACUUUAAACCCCUCUGGGUGGCACCGAGGCGCUACUCCUACCAGGACAUGUUGGUGGUGGUGGGAGGGAGGAAGAACAACGAGCAGACCUCGAGGGAAGCCCUCGUCUUUGAUGAGAGGAGUGAAAAGUGGCAGUGGCUGGCCAAGCUGCCCAUUCGUCUGUAUAAAGCCUCGUAUGUCGCCCUUCACAGUGUCUUGUAUGUUACCGGAGGCCUGACCACAAACACAAAGCACAGCCAAGUCAGCGCGACCGUCUACACCCUCUCCAUCAAGACCAACCAGUGGCGAACGGCAGAGCCGCUGCUGGAGCCGCGCUUCGCCCACCAGAGUGUCUCCUACCUGCACUUCAUCUUUGUCUUGGGAGGCUUCGGGCCUGACAGGCGGCUCACAGACAGUGUGGAGAGGUACAACGGCAUGUUCAACCAGUGGGAGUCGAUGGCGCCCAUGCCUGAGGCCGUGUUGCAUCCGGCGGUGGCUGCUACCAACCAGAGGAUCUAUGUGUUUGGAGGAGAGGACGCCAUGCAGAACCCAGUCAGAAUAAUACAGGUGUAUCACAUUGCCAGGAACAUGUGGUCCAAGAUGGAGAACAGAACAGUGAAGAAUGUGUCUGCUCCUGCCGCCGUUAUAGAUGACAAAAUCUACAUCAUCGGAGGAUACACCAGGAGAGUGAUCGCUUACGACACCAAGACCAACCGGUUCAUCAAGUGUGCCAACCUGAAGGAGAGGAGGAUGCACCACGCUGCCACCGUUCUCAAUCACAAACUCUACGUCACCGGCGGACGUUCCAUCAACGGCCACGACGUCAUCGAGGACUCGGACAAUUUCGAGUGCUACGACCCAAAGACAGACACUUGGACGUCCAAGGGAACGCUGCCGUAUAAACUGUUCGACCACGGCUCCCUGACUCUGACGCAUGUCUCACAGACGUGGGCUAAGUCCUAGCUCAGGUCUGCAAGUAUCAGAAUGUAUUCUUUCAUUCUGUAGCCGUGGUCUCCACUAUUAAUGUAUGAUGAGUCAUGGACUUAUUUUGAAAGUUCACAGAAUCAUGCGUACCUCAAAUAUUCAAAUUUCUAAAGAUUUUGAUUUCAAAAAUAUUCCAAGCCAUAUUCUAUGUCUUUUCUUUUUUUUAUUCAUCAUAACCCUGACACCAUCUACACCGGUUUGACUUCACAAACGGUAAAAGUGCUAUUUUCAGCCUGCUCUAAAUCAUGAGAUUUCACUUGUCACAUUUAAAUCCGGGGGCUGUGUACUGUUUGGUGCGAGACAAAGUUAUGCUCAGCUGUGGGCUCGGAACCUGCUGCUGUCUUGGGUGAACCUUUGGAUCAUGGCGUGUUGCUUCAGUUCGAAAAUAAUGAUGUAUGAUAAUUAUUGUGCUCACUUCCAUAGAGCACUUUUAAAGGUGCAAUAUGUGAGAAUUUUAGUUUAAAAUAUGAAAAAGCAGCAGCAGAAUGUGGAAGAAAUAACAUUUUUGACGUUAUGUCCAAGAUAUCUAUGAAUUGUCUUGUGGCGAUGUUUUUUGAGGUUGGCAUGCUAACUAGCUAAACUCUGGCCAGUUUGUACCUCCGUAGGUGGAAGUCCGAUCAUAAACAACACCAGCACUCCCCUGGUGGUCCGAGCUCCCAGUCCAGACAGAGUCAGAGACUAUGACUUCUAGCUGUAUGGUUAACUUAGCUCACUAGCUAGUAGUCACUACAGUUAGCAUCAGUCAGCAAUUGUUCUGCUGUCCCAUAUUUGUUUGGAUUUUGAAUUCAACAGGUGGCCAAUUCUUAAGUAUUGCACCUUAAGUUUGAAGUUUUUGUAGUUUGUGUUCUGCAGUGUACAUUACAAAUGUAUCUACUGUAUGUUGACAUAAUAACUGUCUUUGCGAUGUGAACCUGUGGUGAAAAGAAUAGCCUGAAAUUCUAUAUUCAUUGAAUUUUACCUUUUUUAAUUUUUUUUUUAUGUUUUUGUACCACUUUGAUUCUGGUUUUCACACUUUGUUUUUUUCUU